AUGAAGCAGCCAUGGACACUGCGAGCAGGCGAAUGCCUAUUCUGCUCAUUCCGCUCUAGAUAUGCAUCGGCCGUCACAUUUACGAGACCAUUCACAUCGACUCCACUACUAGAAAGACCCAAAUUAAAGCCUACGUCUCAAAAACCCAGCGGCGGCUUCUCCGGUGGAUUUCGAAUGGCAGUAGAUGCCAAAUUUGACGCGGCGGUCGAAACAGCAUUAAGACAUUUCAAAAACGACCUCUCUCCCUCAGACCCGUUGCUCGAGAAAUGGGACUCGUUCUACCGUCGAAUCACUCAGGCUUCCCGGUUACGACGACAAGGAUUGGAAAAGCCGAAGCCGCACUCAGGCAGUUUGGUGGAUUUAAGGCUACAACUUUUCGAUGCAUACAGAAGAGGUGGUCUGAAAGCUAUAAGGCAAGAAUUGAAGUCCAUGAAAAAUGACAUGUAUUUCGCGGAAAAGUAUGGCAAUCCGCACGCUGAAGAGCAGGCCAGGGCGACCGACCUUCGGUAUCCGGCUGAAUGGUAUCCAUUUACACGCUCGAAACAACGGACGAUCCAUCUACACGUCGGUCCUACCAACUCCGGAAAGACGUACAGAGCCCUGAAGAGACUUGAACAAGCGAAGCUUGGCUUCUAUGCGGGUCCGCUGAGAUUACUUGCGCAGGAAGUCUACACUCGUUUCAGUACUCAGGGAGUACCAUGCAGUUUAGUCACGGGCGACGAAGUCCGUAUUUCAGACGCUACACCACGUAUUAUCAGUAAUACCGUCGAAAUGGUCAGCAUUUACAAAGACUACGAUGUGGGAGUAAUUGACGAGAUACAAAUGAUUGCCGAUCCGGAUCGCGGCUGGGCUUGGACGAGAGCUUUCCUGGGAGCAAGGGCAAAAGAGUUACAUGUUUGUGGUGAAGAGCGGGCAGUGCCGUUGAUCAAAGAAUUGACAACGUUGAUGGGUGAUAAUUUAGAGAUCCAUCGGUACCAGAGACUCAAUCCAUUGCAGGCCGAAGAGAAAAGUCUCAAUGGUGACCUCCGUAAGCUCCGAAAGGGAGAUUGCAUUGUUACUUUCUCCAGGAUAAACAUCCAUGCUUUGAAGAAUGAAAUCGAGAAAUCGACAGGGAAACGAGCUGCUAUUGUGUACGGUGGCCUUCCGGCAGAGAUUCGAACGCAACAGGCAAAUUUGUUCAACGAUCCCCAUAAUAAUUACGACUUCCUGGUGGCGAGUGAUGCCAUUGGUAUGGGUCUCAAUCUGAAAUGCAAACGAAUCAUCUUCCAGACCUUAGUAAAAGGCGGCAAGAACGGUCUCUCAAGGAUUAGCAUUCCUGAAAUAAAACAAAUCGGUGGACGUGCAGGUCGGUAUCGUGCUGCAAACGAGACAGAUCCAAGAGACUCGGAAGAGGAAAAUGUGGGAUUAGUAACGUCGCUUGAGGAUGUUGAUUUACCUUUUAUCAAGCAAGCCUUGGAAUUUGAUCCUCCUCCUUUGACGGCGGCAGGGGUUAUACCUACCGAUGCAAUGUUCUACCGCGUUGCCAGCUAUUUCCCGCCUGACGUUUCCUUCAAGUUUUUGGUCAAUCGGGUUUGCUCAGUAAGUAGAGUUCAUCCGCUCUUUUUCAUGUGCAAAGCCCGCAGUCAGUUGGAGGCUGCAGAGAUCCUUGACCGUUGCGACCGAAUGAGUAUCGAGGACCAACUUGUGUUUAUGGCAUCGCCACUUGGUAAACGUGACCCGGCAUUGCUCGCUUCCGCUAAAGGAUUCAUCCAAUGCGUCGCCCGUAAUACCAGUGGUCGUUUACUCGACAUUCCAGAAUUGAAUUUGGAGAUUCUCGAAGCACCUGUCUCCGGUAGCAGGGAUUAUCUCAACGAACUCGAAAGCCUGCACAAGUCGCUCAUUCUGUAUCUGUGGCUCAGCUACCGCAUGGGAGGCAUAUUCACAGACCGAACUCUUGCCACGCAUGUCAAGGGAAUGGUGGAAGAGCGCAUGAUGCGAGCCUUGACGGAGUUCUCGGCUAAUGCUAAACUACGCAAGGAUGCUUCACGGCGUCGACAGAUUCUUUUAUCGAAACAGAAUAUGCAUGAGGAGCAAUUGCUGGCUAUGUCUGAGGUGAGCGGCGAGCAGUCUGUCGGAGGUGAGGAAGAUUCUUUUGAUGUUCCUAUGGAAGAAGAUGCUUCGUCGACAGAACAUGUUCAUGCCGGAGUACAGGGUACGCUUGACGAGCAGUCGAACGAUAAGACUGCGACGGCCUAUAAUUGA